UGUUGUUGUGCAGAGCUGCAGAAGGGCCUGCUGAGCCAACCACUGCGCUGAGAGAGAGAGGGAGAGAGAGAGAGUGUGUGUGUGUCUGAGAGAGAGAGAUAGAGUGAGAGAGAGAGAGACAGCAGCAGCAGGCAGACAGUGUGAGGGAGCUCCUCCGUUCAUUUCAUCAUCAACAUCAUCCAGGAAACAAACGGAGGCAGCAGCAGCAGAGGGCAGUGGAGGACGACAACGCAAAAAGAAGGAUAAAAAGAGGGGGAAACAGAUCUUCCGAACCUGGAAAGAAAAGAGUGAAAGGAGAGACUCAGGAAAGGAGGGAAGGAAGGAAGCAAGCAAGCAAGGAGGGAGGGCAGGAGGGAGCGAGAGAGGGGUGAGGAGGGGCUCCUCACGUCGUUGGAGUCUCCUUCGCUCACACACUGCAAGAUUUCUCUCUCCGUUUCCAGCAUUCACUGGCUCACUUCUUGUUCUUCGUGUGCCCUCCAUCCUGUCUUUCCUUCUGAGGAAGAAGGGAGAGGAGGAGGAGGUUCCCCCCACGCCUCCUGGCUGAGGCGAACAGCACAGGAAGAGGAGGUGAAGAGGGGGAAACACUGAGGAGGACGAGAGACUGGUAGAGAAGGAGAGAUAGAGUGAGAGAGAUAGACAGUGUGCUUUUAUUCAUUUCUUGUCGCCUCUGUCGUUCCUUUGGGAGCGAGCGGCUUGAAGCCUCCGCUCAUGUCCGUCAACUCGGAAAAAUCCUCGUCCCCAGAAAGGCCAGAGACGCAGCAGAAAGUCCCAUCCGUUCCCCCUCCACCUCCCCCUCCACCCCCUCCACCAGAACCAGUUGUACCCCCAGAGCCAGAGGAGGAGAUUCUGGGCUCUGACGAUGAGGAGCAGGAGGACCCUGCAGACUACUGCAAAGGAGGGUACCAUCCAGUAAAGAUCGGGGACUUAUUUAAUGGGAGAUACCAUGUAAUUCGAAAGCUGGGCUGGGGCCACUUCUCUACCGUCUGGCUAUGUUGGGAUAUCCAAGGAAAGCGUUUUGUGGCAAUGAAGGUGGUGAAGAGUGCACAGCAUUACACAGAAACAGCACUGGACGAGAUCAAACUACUCCGAUGUGUACGUGAGAGCGACCCCAGUGACCCUAAUAAAGACAUGGUGGUUCAGCUCAUCGAUGACUUUAAGAUCUCUGGGAUCAACGGGAUUCAUGUGUGUAUGGUGUUUGAAGUACUCGGCCACCAUCUGUUGAAGUGGAUCAUCAAAUCCAACUAUCAGGGCCUCCCUUUACCAUGUGUGAAGAGCAUCAUUAGACAGGUCCUGCAGGGUCUGGACUACCUCCACACGAAGUGCAAGAUCAUCCACACGGACAUCAAGCCGGAGAACAUCCUGAUGUGUGUGGACGAUGCCUUUGUCAGGCGUAUGGCUGUGGAGGCCACGGAAUGGCAGAAAGCAGGAGCACCCCCACCCUCUGGAUCUGCGGUCAGCACUGCUCCCCAGCUCAAACCGGUGGGGAAGAUCUCCAAGAACAAAAAGAAGAAACUAAAGAAGAAGCAGAAGCGUCAGGCAGAGCUGUUAGAGAGACGCAUGCUGGAGAUCGAGGCACUGGAAAGGGAGGCAGAAAAACAAAAGGCCAACGAAGGCCUAAACCCACCGCCAGGGCCCACGCUAGCCCUGGGAGAUAGCGAAGAUGAGGAUGAAGAUGAUGAAGAGGUGGAGGAAGAGGAAGAAGGAGAGGGAGAGAAAGAGCGGCCAGUCCGGCUCACUAACCACACAUGUGCUGCACCUCCAGAGCAACAACAGCAGGAGGAAGAUGAAGACUGUGAGGGAGCUCCCAACACACAUGUCAGUUCAGACAAUGAAGAUCCCCCAACUGAAAGAGAGAAUAUCACGCCUCCUCCGCUACAGAAGCAGGGCAGCCCUGCAAAUGAGGAGGUCGAUGAGGAAGAGGAGCGAGAGGAAACUGAAGAAGAAGAGGAGGAGAAAACAGCAACUGAAGAUGAUCCUGAACCAGGACAGGUAGAGAAAAAGAGAGCUGAGGAGGAGCCCAAAAUCGUGUCCACUGGUGACCAGCUGGAGCCAAAGGCAGACGAGUGCACAGAGGAGAAGCAACCUGACCAACCCAAAGAAGAGGAAGAACAAGAAGAGCAAGACAGAACAGAAGGUGCAGAAGAUGAUGAUGAAGAAGAAGAGGAUGAGGAUGACGACGAAGAUGAUGAUGAAGAAGAUGACGAAGCAGAUGAUGAAGGACAGGAGCUUAGGAACUCCACAGAGGACCAAAACGACACCCCGAAAACCAAUGGUCACGUGAUCCUGAAUGCAAAAGGCCGUGACCACAAGUCACUUCAAGUGCUCCCAGUUCCCUCUCCCUCCCAUUCACCUCUGCUCUGCCCUCUGGUGGAGUCUGAGAUCAGCACCACUGACAGAGAUGCGUCUGACGCCUCCUAUGAGUUAUUUAAUGGCGAGACAGUUGGACUCACUAAUGGGGCGAGACACCGGGGUACUGCCCCGCGCUUUCCUGAGCUGCCCCUGGACCCUGAACCAGGAGAAUGUGGGCAAGACGAAGGAGAGCCCCCGCUGAGCCCCAAUGCUGACCGCAGCCGCACUGUCUCAUCAUCCAGCACUGGGGACACACCCAAAGCUAAGGCACGAGCAGCUGAUCUACUGGUGAAUCCUUUGGACCCUCGCAAUGCCGACACACUCAGAGUGAAAAUAGCUGACCUAGGAAAUGCCUGCUGGGUGCACAAGCACUUCACAGAAGACAUUCAGACCCGGCAGUACCGCUCAAUUGAGGUUCUGAUUGGUGCAGGCUACAGCACUCCUGCAGACAUUUGGAGUACUGCGUGUAUGGCGUUUGAGCUGGCCACAGGAGACUACUUGUUUGAGCCCCACUCAGGGGAGGACUACUCGCGUGAUGAAGAUCACAUAGCCCACAUCAUAGAGCUCUUGGGCUGUAUUCCACGACACUUUGCUCUUUCUGGAAAAUAUUCCCGGGAAUUCUUCAACCGGAGAGGCGAGUUGCGGCACAUCACUAAGCUGAAACCGUGGUCCCUGUUUGACGUGCUGGUGGAGAAGUACGGCUGGUCAGCUGAGGACGCCGGACACUUCACACACUUCCUGCUGCCCAUGCUGGAGAUGGUUCCAGAAAAACGCGCCUCUGCGAGAGACUGCCUGAACCACGCCUGGCUCAGCUCGUAGCACCUUCCCCUCAGACACUCUUUCCCACCCCAUAGUGGCAGCCUCCAGGACUGCACCCUGCGCUCAGUCUGGGGGGGAGAAUUAAGAGGUGAAAAGAGAGAGAGGGGGAAUGAAGCGUGAAGGAGGGAUGUGUGUGUGGGCUAAUUUAAGACUGUUGGUCUUUAGGUUCUUAUAGCUUGAAAACUGCUUUCAUUACACACUAAUACAAACACAGAGACACAUAUAUACACACUCACACACACUUGCUUAGCUGGUGCUGACCAUUGACUAGGAAAAUGUUUCUUUCUUGCUCACCCUUAUUCAUAUCAGUAAGACUCGUAUGAAUAGGGUGAUUGGCUGUGCUCUGACUCACAUAAAAAACAGCAUGAAAAGCAUUACAGACAGAACACGAAGACAGAAUAUUUCAGAGUUACAAUGUAGAAAACUUUAAAUUUUCCAUCAAACUGAGCAGCAAAACAGGAGAGUUCCUGAAGAUGUUUACAUGCUUCAGCUGUAUUGGUUUAUCUUUUACGUUUGUGAGUACCUUCUGAAAGGCAUGCAACCGUGCCUUGUGUGAAGCUUUCCUGAAUGUCUUGGAAUUGUAGAAAUGCGUCUGGAAAUACCCUCCUUAUUAUCGUUUGUUUGCUUCAGUAUUCCAGGAUUUGACCUCCAGUUGCCUCCAAACAUUUUGAGGAAUCUCAAGUAUUGGCAUCACUGCCUUACACUGUCGAUAUGUGCUGUGAGAUGUGGAAUUACGGUAUUAUGGAAAAUUCUAGGUUUCGUAAUAACGACAUGUGCAUGUGUCAGUGUUAACCGCUAUCUCUUCUUAUGGAACAGAGUCACGUGUAAUAGGAAGCCCACCUGAGUCCCUCUGUAGUGCUGUUUCCCUGUCCUCUCUCUCUCCUCCUCUACCCCCCUCCCCUCAACUGCAGAGACAGAGCCCCCUGAGCCAAGGUUCUGUUUACAGAACUGUUUACAACCCUCCCUGACCCUCCAAAAAUCAAAAUCCAACCUCCUUACAUACAGCUUACACUCACCCACCCAGAGCUGCUGCAUGGCACUCUUCAGGCCCCUGCAGACACCAAGGAGACCCCCAGACAGCAGGGGGCACACUUUCUGCCUCUGGAUUACAAAAAAAAACAAAAACAAAAAAAACAAACAAAAGAUAAAACAAGGAGAGCGUGUGUAAGAUGAGCAAGGUAUGAGACUUCUUCAAACUGCUGGUUCUUGAAGGUUUCUUGGUUAAUCUGCUGAGCGGGUAAAAUUACAGAGGGACUGCUGGCGAAAACGGACAAGCAAAACAAUGUACAUUUCACUCAUUCACAGAGAAUCUUCUACUUUGUUUGUUUCUUUGAUUUUGGUCUUUAAAAAAAACAGGUUUAAUUCAAAACGUCGACGGCGAGAGCCGCUCCGCUGUUGUUGACAGUCUUAAGCAUUCCUGACCCUUCUGCCACAUAUAUGCUUCCUACUGUUGUACAAUGAAAACGGUCCUUUUUCCUGUUUUUGUCAGCAAGCACUUUCACAUUUCUGGCAACCCUGUGAACCUGUCCAGGGUCUACCUGAACCCUGUUCAUUCCUGAGCGUCUCUGACUGAGGACGUUUACAAAAAACUGAGGUUGCUCUUCUACGUUUGGUUCCAGGAGGAUUCUCAGUGUACAGAGCUCUGAAUCCAGCAUCUGCUCCACUGCAGGACUGAUCUGCAGCUUCGCUGAAAGGAGGAGGAGGAGGAGGAGGAGGAGCCUGGCUCUAGUAAAGACACACAGCUACAGUGAUACAGCUGUUGCUGCAGGAGGUUGGGUUGAUGGAAUGUGAGACAGACUUCUCGCCCCCUGUGGCUGAAAGAGGGUACUGCAUCCCCCGCACACUGCAGCUCUCUCUCUCUCUCUCUCCUUCUCUCAGUACCAAUGCCACUCUUCCACUGUCCGACUCAACCUCUCAUCACCACAGUUAGUCCAGUCGCCUAUUUUCGCAAUAAAAACGAGUAUAAAUAGAUGGUGAAAUAUUUUUUAAAAUGAUAUUUAAUUCAUUUAAAAGAAAAAAAAAAGUGAAGAAACUCUGAUGUUGUGACAGUGACCGAAUUUCGUCUUAUUAUUGAGGUGAUUGUGUUUUGUCCGUUUAGAGAUGUUUUUAUUUCUUUUGUAAUUAUUAUAUUAUUAUAAUUAACUAUUAUUGCCAUUAGUUCUUUUUUUAUUCGGUUGUCAUCUCCUCCCCUUUCUCAUUACAUCGAACAGUGCUGCUCUGUAUGGACUAGUGUGACGGUGAUGAAAUUUAUCAAACAUUUUUGCAAUAAUAAUGAUGAAUUUUUGCACCAAAAGCUCCUGAUCUCUCACUUUAGCCAUGCUGACUGUUCUUCCCAACAUUGACAGAAUAGCAUCUCUUUAUGUCUGUGUUUUUCAUCAACAGGUUUAAUAAAAUUGUAAAUUAA